ACCAUUGGUUAAAGUUGAACAUGAAGGAACAGUGAAGAAGAAGAGGAACUUGCUAGCCGGCUAACUAUUUUAGCGCCUUCACAAUGGCGCCUUUAGACCUUGAUAAUUACGUUGAAAUAGCGAGACACUGCAAAUACCUUCCGGAAAAUGAUCUAAAGAGAUUAUGUGAUUACGUAUGUGAUUUACUGCUGGAAGAAUCAAAUGUUCAGCCUGUCUCUACUCCAGUUACUGUUUGUGGAGAUAUUCAUGGUCAGUUUUAUGAUCUUUGUGAGCUCUUCAGAACUGGAGGCCAAGUUCCAGACACAAAUUACAUUUUCAUGGGUGACUUCGUAGACAGAGGAUAUUAUAGCUUGGAGACAUUUACACAUCUGCUGGCUUUAAAAGCAAAGUGGCCUGAUCGCAUCACACUUCUACGUGGAAACCACGAGAGCAGACAAAUAACGCAAGUGUACGGCUUUUAUGAUGAGUGCCAAACAAAAUAUGGAAAUGCAAAUGCCUGGCGGUAUUGCACCAAAGUGUUCGACAUGCUGACUGUUGCAGCCUUGAUAGAUGAGCAGGUCCUGUGUGUCCAUGGUGGUCUUUCACCUGACAUCAAGACGUUGGACCAGAUCCGCACCAUCGAACGCAACCAGGAGAUCCCCCACAAGGGGGCCUUCUGUGACCUUGUGUGGUCUGAUCCAGAAGAUGUGGACACCUGGGCGAUCAGUCCGCGAGGUGCAGGCUGGUUGUUUGGCUCCAAGGUUACCAAUGAGUUUGUGCACAUCAACAAUCUGAAGCUAAUCUGCCGCGCACAUCAGCUGGUUCACGAAGGCUACAAGUUUAUGUUUGAUGAGAAGCUGGUGACCGUGUGGUCGGCGCCCAACUACUGCUACCGCUGUGGAAACAUUGCGUCCAUCAUGGUCUUCAAAGACGUCAACAGACGAGAGCCCAAGCUGUUCCGUGCCGUGCCCGACUCCGAGCGUGUCAUACCUCCGCGAACUACUACCCCCUACUUCCUCUAAAGACAAGAGCUAGACCUCUCAACUCUCAAGCUUCAAAAACUUAAUCACACGUUUUAAGAAGUUAAUGGAAGUAACGGCCCUUUCAUGUCUACGGCAUAUUGAGCAGUGAUGGGUUCCUUCUAAGGCUACAGUCUGUUUGCACCACACUGUAUUUAAGAAAAACCUUCUGCAAUGAGAAGAUACCUUUUUAAGUUUCCUCUUAUUUUAUUGAUAAAAUGUGUAAUGGUUAGAUUUUGAUGUUUUAUGUAUCCCGAUGAAGCAAAUAAAGCAUUUAAAUUGGU